AUGGAUCCAGAAACCUUGGUAGAGUUUUCCACGGCCGCGCUCACUCGCCUUGCGGAUAUAGUCGCAAUAUUGAGCAUGGAAUAUCAGAAGCCACAAUGGGGUAACAUCGCCGCAAUCUUGUUGAUCAUCAUAGGAACUGGCAAUCUCUGGGACAACAGUGACCGAGUCAGAAAAUUACUACGAGACACCGAGAAGAUGUGUACCAUGCCCUCGGAAUUCAAAGAGACCAAAACACCUCUCCUCGAAGCUAUAGUCUUCCCUCAAGACUCGCCAGUAUAUCAAAAAGCAGAACAGAAGAUACGCCAAGGGCUACUCAAUGCAACAUUGAUGCACCGACCUACACUGGAAGCCACCGUUCGACAUUUCUCGAGGUUUGCACCGGCUAGCGACUCAGACUGGCUCCCAAACGUCGACGGAGAAGAAUUGCCCACCGCGGUUGGCGCAUUAUUUCGAUAUCCGAAGGAGGUUGAUGCACUGGUGAGCAAGGCGCUUAGGGAUUGGAUGUUUUGCACCUGCAGCACCGAGGCGAAGCAGGCAUUCCAGAACAAGCAUCUUGCCCAGCUUAGGUCUAAACGAGCCAGAUUCGUAGAUCACAGCCGCGGAGUGCCGACGUCGCAGCCUUCGAAGCAGCCCAUAAGGGGUUACCAGGACAAGUUUUGCACGUCCCUUGGCCUAGAUCCCACUUCUUGUCUCUGUCUUCUCUUCCAAGAUGGAAAGCUCCGCGAGUCAAAAUUCACCACACCCGUCGAGACAUGUGUUGAUCACAAGCCAGGUAUUCCGCUCGCCCAAAUACUCAAAAGCUAUUCUCUCACUUCUAGAAUGAGGGUCGCACUGGCCUAUAUCCUUGCCUACUCGGUGUGGCAGUACUAUGACUCAGACUGGGUGAGAUGUGGAUGGACGAGCGAGUCCAUACAGUUCCUUAAAGAGAUUGACCCAUCGGACACCAGUCUAAGCGCGAAGCUCUACGCCUGGAAGCCAUGCCUCUCAUCUCACUUUGGUGAGGAGGAGUCCCGGCCGCCCGAGUAUAUAGCAACACUGGACAGGAUGCAUCGAUAUCCAAGAGUCCUCGCCCUUGGGAUUCUGCUGGUUGAAAUCGGGAUUGGUUCGCCACGAAAUCGGAUUCAAGACUCCUCGUCAAGCAGACCUGAUGACGAUUGGUUAUGGGCCUUGAACCGCUGCAGUAACAGGCAAGAAUGGGGUACAUUCGACAUCCCCGAGUAUCUGAAAGCAGCCAAAAGCUGCUUGGAUCCACAGCAUUUCUUCUCGGCCUCUGAAUGCGAUGGAGAUGCCCCCGGGCUUAUGGAUGGUCUAAGACACCGCAAGAGUGUUUUGUAUCAGAGAGUGGUUGCCCCGCUAGAGAAGGUCCUCGUGUCAACUGGAUGGAUGGAAGAGCUGACCGAGACGGAACCCGUCAACGCUUCAAUCGAAAAGAAUCGACCGACUAUCAACGGCGUCCACUUUUCUCAAAGCCGAGCUACAAAGAUCCAAGGACACUCACAGUUAACAGCUGAGUUUUGUUUCACAAAGGACCAGAGAGAUGCUAAAAAGUGGUUCAAAGAGAUGAAAGAAUUAGGUACAAGCCUUAGCCAACCCCGAGGUUCACGAGCUGGGAUUCGAAUCGCCAUAUUGGAUACUGGGUGUAACAUAGACUCCGCAUUUUUUGGUGUACCGCCGAUCCAGUGUCGCCUCAAGGGGUGGAAGGACUUUGUCUCAGGGGCGACUCAUUGGCAAGAUCACCACGGCCAUGGCACUUAUCUGGCGUCUCUCAUCCUGCAGAUUGCUUCAAUGGCAGAUAUCUAUGUUGCACGCGUUGCCAGCUCAUCCGAUGAUCUGGCUAAGGCGAGUGACAAGGUUGCGGAGCUGACUGAGUCCCAGGCAAUCUCCUGGGCAAGCAAAGAGUGCAAUGCGGAUAUUAUUUCCAUGUCCUUUGGGUUCGCAGAUGAUCAUCCAUGUAUAACUAAAGCUAUACAUGAGGCGUUAUCUCACCGGAAUGGCUCCAUCCUCUUCUUCGCUGCGGCCUCAAACUACGGAGCAAACGAGAAAGAACUGUUUCCCGCAAGGCACGAGUCUGUCAUCUCAAUUCGUGCGACAAACUCCAAGGGCCAGUUUCUGGACCUUAAUAAUCCACCCCGAAGUCAGCACGAUGGAGUCGUCUUUGGUACCUUGGGCUUGGAUGUCCCGUCAGAACCCCUUGUCAGUGGUGAGAUUCAGUACAAAACUGGGACGUCGGUGGCUACCGCUAUUGCGGCGAGCAUAGCUGGCGCCCUACUGCAAUUCGCUCUUGGAGACUCCCAAAGGGAAGAAUUUGAACAAGUUCAGACGAGUUUGCGGACACGGAAGGGGAUGCAAGCGCUCUUCGAGCAUUUGGCAGUGGCAAGUCACUAUGAACGAUACUUGUACCUGGCGCCGUGGACUCUGUGUAAGCAGACGGAUAGCGCUCGAUGGUCGACGUUUGUUGCUGCGGUACUGAGAUGA